UUAGGGUUUGGAAAUAUGGACAGGAGGAGUGAUCGAUGUGACCGUUCGAUCGCUAGCGGAUGGACGGUGAUACCCUUUCUCAGAUCCAUGUUUCACAUCACGUGCACCGCACGUGCUUCCUCUCAAAACCCUAAUAAUAAGGCGGCCGCCACUUCUGGCGCAUUGGCUGCUCGCAACGACUCGGAGGGGAGGGGCGGGGAGAGAAGCGUCGGGCGGGUUGCAACGAUGGUGAACGUUCCAAAAACAAAGAAGACUUAUUGCAAGAAUAAGGCAUGCCGUAAGCAUACUCUUCACAAGGUUACCCAGUAUAAAAAAGGCAAGGAUAGUCUGUCUGCUCAAGGAAAGCGUCGUUACGACCGCAAACAGUCAGGUUAUGGUGGUCAGACAAAGCCUGUUUUCCACAAGAAGGCAAAAACAACCAAGAAAAUUGUGUUGAAGCUGCAGUGCCAGAGUUGCAAGCAUUAUUCACAGCACCCUAUAAAGAGAUGCAAGCAUUUUGAAAUUGGUGGAGAUAAGAAGGGCAAGGGAACGUCUCUCUUCUAGUGGGCUUCUAUCGUUUCGAGGGCGUCACUUGGUUAUCUGUGUGUUCUAGGGAAAUGCUGAUCUAAACCCAUUAAAUCGGCACUAUAUUUUUGUUAAGGACUUUUUGGUGUUUCUUAAGUUUACUUGGUUGUCAUGUUCUAGCCUAUAAUGAUUCAGGUAGUGUGCUAAAACCAGUUCAAUGCUGAUCUAAACCCUUUAAAUCA